UACAAGAUGGCCUGAUCAUCUCCUGCGGGGUCUUGUACGCCCUGUGCUACUUCUUCUGCAUGAUCCGAACGUAUCGCGACAAAACGUAUCCGGGCUCCAGCAUGGGCGGGAUCCAGUUCCUGUGAGUUGAGUUGAGUCGCGUCCGGUGCGGUCCGGAGCCAUGAUGCUGACGAGAAAACCAGGUGCCUGACAAUGGCAUACGAGGUCUUCUACGCAUUCACAACGACAUCGACAUGGUUCGAGAAGCUAGCCUUCCUGAUCUGGUUUGAGAUGGACGUCGUCUUCGCCAGUAUCGCCAUCCGCCAUGCCCACGCGCCCCAGCAGCGGUGGCCGCUGACGCGCAACAUGAUCGGCGGCUGCGUCGCUGCCAUCCUGGGGCUGAAGGGGCUGGCGACUCUGUAUCCGGAUGAACGCGAGCAGGUCACGGCGUACUGGACGGGGAUUCUGUUGCAGUUUCCGAUCGGGUGGACGUGUGUGUAUUCGCUGUGGAAGAAUCAGGAUACCCGGGGGCAUUCGCUAGAGAUGUGGAUCACUCGGUAUCUGGGAUGUUUCACCGCGUAUGGCGUCUUUAUCUGGCGAUAUCUGAACGUCCCGCAGAACUGGGGAUAUGUGGCGUCACCAUGGAGCGUGGGGAUCAUUGUGCUGACUCUGUUGCCGGAGACGGUCUACCCCUUCCUGUACUUCAGGGCGUACAAGGCUCGAAAGGCGAAGGGGGAGUGAUUUGCUGGUUGGAAACUGUCACACAUGAGGAACAGCUUCAAGUGGUUAUGACUGUGUCGCUUAUGAACCUAAAGAACACAAGGGCUGGAAAGAAACUUUUCACUUCAUUGGUAUCAUAUUUAUAGACGAAAGAAAGAACAAAGGAAACAGGAACAGCCAUAACCCCCACGACAUCGAGCCGUAUUAAA